AUUGCCCUCUUCCACGUGAAGCUCAACCAUGACUGACCAAGAAUUCAUUCUCUGCAAGUGGAAGAGGCGUUUGUGGCCAGCCAAGGUUUUGUGCAAACCUGGAGUUGCUGGGAGCAGUCCUGUUGCCACCACAAAAAGGAUGGGAUUUAAAGCUGAAAUCCUUGGCUUGGAGAAGCAGGUCAGUGUGAGCUCUGCAAACGUGGUUCCCCUGACAGAGGAGAGGAUCAAGGCCAUCGCCUCCACCCUGGAGCAAAAGAAAACCAUGAGUGAGGCCGUGGAGGAGCUGCAAUAUCGCUGUUCCCUUAAAAUUGCCCUGGAUAUUCUCCAUGAGAUUGACUCCAGCACUCAAAUGCCACUUGCAGAAGGACCAAAUUCUGAAUUUUCCCGGGAGAAAUCUGCCCCACCCACCCCCUCCCACAGCUUCUCGUUGCGCUCUCGCUCGAAAAAAUCAGAACCUGAGGCUGCCAAGAGGAAAAGGAAAGCUCAAAAUAACUCUGGGAUGAAGGAUGAUCCCAAAGCACGCAGCCAGGGAGGUUCUGUGGCUCCAGGGAGGAGUGGGAAAGCUCCUGGAGGUGGCACAAACCCUGCCAGGUGUGGUGCCAGGGACUCGAGUGUGGCACCAGCCCCUGAUGGUCACAACUGCAAAAAAGCAGAACCAAAAUCGUCACCCAGACAGAAAAAAAUGCAGCCCAAAAUGGGGAAUGGAGUCUCCUGUAAGGCAGAGGUUGGAAAAAAUCAGCAAGGAAGGAAAAGAAGAUGGAGGGAUGAUUCCACCCAGGAUCAAGCACAGGUGGCUCAUGAGGAGGGGUCUCCCUCUGUCCCCUCUAAGUCUGGCACUGUGGAACCUUCCAGAAAGAAAGGAGCUCGGCCUGGGAGAGCAUUCCUGGAUUCCUGCAGUGAAACUGCCUCGGAUGAGUUGGAGAAAAGCAUCAGCAGUGAGAGUGAGAGCCUGGCAAAGCAGCUGGAUGGGAGGAGAGAGGCAGAGGGUGGAAAACACCUGGAUGGGGCAGACAGGAAAUGCAGGAACCACCCUGGAUCCUCACCUGGCCCUUCUGGUGCCUUCCCUCAGCCCCAGGAGCAGGAAAACCAGGAUCCCUCACACCUGCCUGGGAGCAAAGCCCCUGACUCUGAGGAGGAUGAAGGGCUGGAAGCCUCUGGGAUGUGUUCCAGGAGAGUUUCCUCGGAGAGCCUCCCUCCACUCUCACCUCUGGCCGAUGAAGAGGAGGAAAAUUUCCCCAGUGUUCUGUCCCAUCGAGAACCCAAAUUCUUCGAGGAGGGGAUGUUGGUGUGGUGCAAGCUGCGGCGCUAUCCCUACUGGCCAGCCGUGGUGAAAGCAGUGAAGAGGAAGCACCGGAGGGCCUGUGUGCUCUUCAUAGAUGGCACCACAAAUGAGAAGAAAAAAGGUUUCUCAGUGUCUCUGAAGAGCCUGAAGCACUUUGACUGUGAGGAGAAGCAGGAGCUCAUUGAACGAGCCAAGGAGAAUUAUUCCAGGGAAAUCGAGUGGUGCCUCCAGCUGAUCCAGGACUAUCGGAUCCGAGUGGGCUGUCGUUCUUUCACUGGGUCCUUCCUGGAGUAUUUUGCUGCUGAUAUCAGCUACCCAGUGAGGAAAGAGGGGUACCAGAGUGCGGUGCAGAUGGCAUUCCCAAACACAGGGGAGGAAGGGGCUGGAGAGUCUUCCUCAGACACCUCCCCACAGAAACCCCCCAGGAAACUCCUCCCUGACAGGACCAGAGCUGCCAGGGACAGGGAGAACAAGAAGCUGGUGGAGUUCAUAGUGAAGAGCAAAGGGGCUGAAGAGCAUCUCCUGGGGAUCUUGAAAAGUGGCAAACAAUCGCGCUGGCUGAAGAAAUUCCUGAAUUCCAGCCGCUACAUCACCUGUGUGGAGACUUACCUGGAGGAUGAGGAGCAGCUGGACCUGGUGGUUGGGUACCUGAAGGAGGUCUACAGGGAGAUGGACACCAAGAACCUGCACCAGAUCCUGGGGGAUGGCAUCAGAUUCAUCUCAGAUGUGCUUUUACCUGAGGCCAUCAUCUGUGCCAUUGCUGCUGUGGAUGACAUUGAUUAUGAGAAGGCAGAAGAGAAAUACAUUAAAGGACCCCCUGUGAGCAAAAGAGAGAGAGAAUUGUUUGAUGAGCAAGUCCUGGGAAGCAAAAAGCUCAAGACUGAGCCAGAACCUGUGGAGAGCUGAGGAGUGGCCAGGGCUGUCCUGGGGGCCACCAGGUGUAAAUAACCAUUGGUGAUUUGUAUAAAACGUGGCAUUCUUUGUAAAGUCUGUGUGUAUAUUCCGAAACCCUCUGCUCCCAGCUCUUGCUGCUGCUUCAUGGCCUCGCUGUGUUCAGGAUCCAGUGGAUCCUCAUCCAUCAGUGCCCUCCUGGGGGGUUUCCAGAGACCCCAGGGUUGUGCAGAGCUUCUGC